UUCAAACCGCUAACCGUCAUAAUUACGAAGAAAAUCAUUUGAAGUGAAAUUUUAAUUAAGUUACGUACUAUUUCAUGCAAGAAAGUAUCAGGAAAGAGUGAUAAGAACAUAAUCUUUUAAUAAUUUUACAGUCAGCAUAAAUGGAGAACAUUUUAAGGGAUAAAAAUGAAAAUGUGUCAAUUGGACAAUUGUUGCUUCCUUCAAAGUCCGAUAUGGAGAAUUCUUCAGCUCUGAAUUUAAAAGAAAAUCACAAUCCAAAAUCACUAUUAGAAAUUGCCAGCGAUACAUCAAGUAAAUUCCAAUUAGAUGCAUCAACUCCGAAAAAUUCCAAGAAAAGCUGUUCCUUUAAGGAUACUUCCUUUAAUAUAGACAGUAAUGAAUCAAUUUCAUAUCAAGAGAAUAUUCGGUUUAAUGAAUCAUCUGGACUGAGCUUCCUGGCAAAUGGAUUUAAUAAGCUCAAAAUCAAAACAGACGAAACAGGAUCAGAUGACGAUGAAGAUCAGUUUUUAUCGUUUAAUGAUCAAACCAGAUCAACUGAAAAUCUAAAUCAGAAGCAUGAUGAUACGCUUAUUCUUGAAAAAAAUGCGUCUUAUAUUCAAAGUCCUGAAGAUCAUGCUUUUGCAAAUGUUAUUUUAGAACCUGUUAAGCAAACAGAAGAUGAAUUUAUUGUUAAUAAGGAACAGUUGGAGCCUGUUGAUUUUUUUAAGGAACAGUCGGAGCUUGUUGAAACGAUUAAGGAACAAAUGGAACCAAUUAAUGAGAUAACUGAACCUAUUGAAUUAAUGAAACCUGUUGAAUCUUGUAAGGAACAAUCACAAUUAAUAGUUCAAGAUCAAAGUACGGUUGAACAUAAUAUUGAUGACGUUGUUAUUAAAGAAUCUGAGCCGAUUGAGAAAUGUGAAGAUCAUGAAAUUAUAUUCAAUCAAAUUGAAAAAGAAGUUAAUGUAUUUAAAGACUAUGAACCAAAUCCUCUUAUUUCUGAGAAAGAAGUUUGUGAAGAAAAAAUGGUGAGUGAGGAAAUGAUAGUUGAAGAAAAUGCUGAAUUUAAAGAUGCAGAAGAAAUGCCUCAACUGGACAGUCCAAAUAUCAUUAAUGAUUCGCCUAGUAAUGCAUCUGCAAAUAUUACACAGAUCUUGAAUGAUUUUAAUUUAUCGGAAUCGAUUAAGCAGUUGGAAAAAUCGACAGAUCAAUUAGAAACCGAGCACAAAACAGCUAUCGAAAUUUGCCAAGCAACUGAAAAUAUCAACAUUAAUAAAACUCUAGAUGAAAUGGAACUUAAAGGACUUCCAAUGAAUACGACAUUUGAAGAAAUUGAAUGCGGUGUUGAAAAUACUUCUUAUUCCAUGCACACAACAAUGCCUUUAAAUGAUAUGGAGCAACAUGAUUCUCAUUUUUCAGCUACAUUCAAUAAAUCCAGUGAUCAUGUAGAAAUAGCGGAAACAAGAAAAAGUAUUGGCAUGGAACAACUAACACAAAUUAUUGAAGAAACGCAUCAUAACAGUACUUUUGAUAGAUCAAGGCCUUGCGAUGCUAAUAUGAUGCAUUCAACAUUUAAUGAGACAAAACCUGUUGAUUCGCCAACAUUUUCCAACAUUGAUGAUUUAAGGAUUAACAAGACACUUGACAUGAAUGAAUGUGAACCUAAUGUAAACAUUACACACGAUAUGAUUAAUAUUGAUAUGAGUUUAGCAAGACCUUACAUCCAGAACGACACGGUCACUAUGAAUAAUACAUUUGAAGGAAUAAAAAGUAAUUGCAUCAACAAAAAUUUUAUGGAAUCUCUUCAGCCAAGCUUAGAUAUAGAAUUUAAAAUGCCAACCAUGCCAGUAUCAAGAAAAUCGUCAGAAAGGAAUCAAAAUUAUAACUUUGGUAACGAAGAAUUUACAAGUGCAGUUUCAUAUAACUUUGGUGACUCGGAUUUUGAUUUUCUCCAGAAUUUUGGAUCGAAUUCAUCGGAUCAAAAUUUCGGGAGAGAUUCUGUGUUAUUAAAAUUUGACCCAUUAUUGGCUAAGCCUAUACCGCAAACAACAUCAAAUUUUGAGAAAUUGGCAGAAGAGGACGAACUAGCUAGUGAGACUAUUUCAAAAGAUCCAAUAAUUGAGUGCCACUCGCAAGAGACAAGGAGUAUUGAAAAUUCAUUUUCGUCUAUAGCCGAUGAAUUUCCACAAUUAAUUCCUUUAGAUACUAAAGAUAUGAGUGUGGAAAUUAUGAAGGAUAUUGCUUCCGAAAACGAAAAACAGAUUAAUAAUCUCGAUUGUGAAGAAAUUAAACUAAGUUCUAUUGAUCAUCACGAAAACCAGAAUAAUAAGCUUAUGGAAUUGGAAAACAAAAUGAGAAUGGAGGCAGAGCAAAGAGAAGAAGUAUUACUUAAAAGGAUCUCUGAAAAAGAUAAACAGAUAUCCAAAAUGAGCAACGUUGUAAAAGAGUAUGAGAAGGCGAUAGCUGAAUUAAUUGCAGAGAAGGAACAAUUAGUACAAAGCUACGAGAAAAAGUGCGCUGACUUAAAGAACGAUAGUGAGAUGAAUGCCCAACAUUUAACGUCUUUGGAAUCAACAUUUUCAGACUUACAUGCGAAAUAUGAGAGAACUAAACAGUUAGCAUUAGAUCUCAAGGAGCGAGAGGAGGGUACUUUACAAGACCGUAAAUCACUUAUGGAUAACUUAAAAAUGCAAGAGGCCAGAUACGAAAAGAUGAAGACACACGCAAUGGCACAGUUGGAAAUUGCAAACAACAAACUUGCGGAAAUGCUUCGAAAUCAUCAGGCAGAAGUGACAAAAUUAAAAGCACAACUGAAGAAAGAGGAAAUUUCUCGUGCAUCAAUAAACGAACAGCUUAUUCAGAAAUCGAAAGAGAAUGAAGAACUGGUUAAAAUAUGUGAUGAACUUAUUGGUAAUCAUGGAAAUUCUCACGCCGUUUAAUUUCUUAAUUAACUCAAUUAUGUAUUCUUUAAUUUAGUCGUUAACUUUAAGUCCUUGCAAUGUUACAACAUUAUUAUAUAUUAAUUUUCCUUUUGCUUUUGGCAUAAAGCUAUGAUCUAUAAAAUUAAUAAAACUCUCUUAGUAAUACACACAAAAUCACAGCAUACAUUUUGGUUUUCUUAUUGGAUUUUAUGUUUUUUCAACGGAAAA